GAAGUGGGUUGGGUGGAAGGAAAAAGGAGAUGAGUGUUGUCUUAAAGGAACAGGUGGAGAGAUGUGGUACCAGUAGUGCUGGCCAAAAAUGCUACUUGUCAGCCUAUUGCAAAAAGACCGCCACUUCUGGUGGUGGCAGCAACACUGAAGGUGACUACUACUGGCCCACCCUCUCGGACAAGGCAGAUCAAGUCCACCUCCUGGCCCGGAUUUUCCUAGGGUCAGUAUGUCUCAUCUGGAGUGGAAUCAGUCAGUUGGGGUUUCUAACGGGUGGAACUAGUGGCAAGGAGAGGUGGAAGGAUAAAGCAUUGAGUAGUGAGACCGAUGGUCUCGGGUCAUUCAUGGCGGCCAUGGGCUAUGACCUGGAUAGGUUGAAUGGGAGUGGUGGUCCAGGUAAGUAGUGCCUAGGAUAGUCAUUUUACAACAUGAGAAACA